AUGUUAUGUCCAGCAGAAGCACAAGUUCAGCGCUUUACGGUCGAAAACCUCUUUGAGUACAUUAUCACAGAUACUAUAAAUAUGAAAGGUGCCAAGUUUGACAUGAUAGGUUUUUAUCAUUUCUUUCUUAUGAUAUGAACACUUGAUGACCACUUAUGACCGAUUCUGGAAGUUCACACAAAAGCAGCUCUUUAUCCAAAAUGGCAAACGAGGACAAAAAUGAAUAUUUUUUCACUGCUAGUGGGUAUUCCCCAACUAAGCAAGAGGCAUACAAUCUGUACCUCAGAAAGUUACACGAGCAUUUCGUACAGAUUUGGAACAGUAAUUCAGCUAAAGUGUCCUCGCCUGAAGAGUUCCUGAAGAUAAAAAUACUAGGCACAGGUGCUUUUGGCAUAGUGUACCUAGUCCGAAAACAGGACACUGGAAAAUACUACGCAAUGAAAAUGCUCGAGAAGGAGAAAAUCUUCAGACUGAAGCAAAUUGAGCACAGCCUUUACGAGAAGAAGAUCCUCAGUGGCCUCAACUUUCCGUUUGUGGUGUACCUGAAAUAUUUCUUUAAGGAUAACGUGUAUCUGUACUAUGUGCUGCCAUUUAUCCCCGGGGGCGAGAUGUUCACUCACCUUCGGAAGAUGGGCAAGUUCGAGGAGACCACGGCGCAGUUCUACGCGGCGCAGGUGCUGCUCGCGCUCGAGUACCUGCACGCCUGCGACCUCGUCUACCGCGACCUGAAGCCCGAGAACAUACUCAUCGACCCCAACGGCUACAUCAAACUAACAGACUUCGGCUUCUGCAAAAUAUUGAAAGGCAGAACGUGGACGCUGUGCGGCACUCCAGAGUAUUUAGCGCCGGAAAUCAUUUUGAGCAAAGGUUACGGAACCUCCGUGGACUGGUGGGCCCUCGGCGUGCUCAUGUACGAGAUGAGCGCCGGCUUCCCACCCUUCUACGCGUCGGAUCCGAUGAUGAUCUACGAGAAAAUAGUGCACGGGAAGUACAAGGUUCCGAGCCACUUCUCCAGCGAGUUAAAACACGUUUUGUCUCAUACUCUGGAGACGGAUAUCAGCAAGCGCUACGGAAACUUGAAGGACGGUGUCCUAGACUUCAAGAAUCACAAGUGGUUCAAGUCGGUGGACUGGGAGAAACUGCUCAUCAACCGAGUGCCCGCCCCGAUCGUACCGAAGGUGAAGUCUCCGUGUGACACCAGCAACUUCGACCAUUAUGAGGACCAGAAACUUAAGGAAAGUGAUAAGUGCUUGUUUGAAGAUGAAUUCAGUGACUUUUGAAUAGGUUUCAUGCUAUGACUACUAUUUUAUAUGAUACUUUAAAUGUAAGGUUACUUAUGUAGGUAUUGUUUUCAACUUCAAGCCUUUGUGUAUUUAUUUAUGCUUAGUAAAUUAAUUAGCGUGUGUA